AUGUCAGAUCUGGUAAGGGCCACCGUGCCCGGUACCGCCGCUGUCUCUGGCCGGACUCAAAAUGGAGGAACAUCUCGUACAGCUGCGGCUGCCGGCCCUGGGCCGACCCCGGCCGAACCACCUCGAUAUCGCACCCCCACCGAUGUCAUGCGCGAACGACGGCUACGGGAAGCUCGUCGAGCUGAGGAAGCGGCGGCCAGACAGCGUCAAGAGGAGGAGAGAAGGAUGUUGACAGAGGAACAAGGCGUUGUUGGCGUUGGGGAUGACCCUUCACGAAGAGUAACCGGUAGGACCGGCCCUCAACCGACCCAAACCUACAACAUAAGCGGACCAUCGGCUCAAGCGCCUGGUCCCUCAACUCGAAGACAAGAAAACAUACCUCCGACACAGGCCGGUCCGUCACGAACGGGUGGGACAUCCAGACCGGUUCCACCAGGGGGAAGAGGGCCCCCCGCAACGAUUCAGCGAAAUCGUACGGAAGCAUACGAGCAACUGAACAUUCCUGCCACCGCUAAGCCCACGGCGCCCUCCGAGCAGGUCCCACCGGCCGCCCAACAACCCCAAAUUCCCUCGCAGUCGGUCCCCCCGGUUGGUGCUCAAGUCGAGCCUCAGCGUGGACAAGCUUCAGGAACCCGAGGCCGAAGUCGAUUUCCAAAUGCUUUUGAGAGAUGGGAAGAUCUGUCCGCGCAUUGGGAAGGCAUCGUGUCCUCCUUCAUUCAUCGUUUGGAAAAUAACUCGGAUGAGUUAGCCGGAAAGCCAAUCGAUCGACAGAUGGCUCGACAGAUCGAGGAUUUGUCGGCCGCCGGUGCAAACUUAUUUCACGCCGUGGUGGAACUGCAACGUCUUCGAGCUUCCUCGGAGCGAAAAUUUCAGCGCUGGUUCUUUGAGACUCGGCACGAGCAGGAACAAGCACAAGAACGAUUGGCAGAGCUCGAACGUCAACUUCGGGUGGAGAGAGAAGCUCAGACACUCAGCUCCACCUCUAUCGAAGCGGUCCGUGCCGAAAAGAACCGGGCUGAGGAGCUAGUGAAAGAGAUGCGGCGAGAACUCCAGAUCAGCAAAGAAGAAGCUCGACGUGCUUGGGAAGAGUUGGGGAGACGAGAACAGGAAGAAAGAGAGAGGACGAUUGCUCUGCGGAGUGGAGAACCCACAGUUAUCGGCGGCGUCCAAGUUGUACCCAUGCAAGGUCUUCCCAGUCGACAAGUGAGCGCCGCUCAGCGCCCACAGACUCGAGAUGGACCGAUUGCGGGCGUCGGGCCAACUGCGAUGUCUGGCCAGCAACAGAUGCAGGCUGCCCAGAGACCUCCAUCCCGAAGCCAAACCACAACCACAUCUCUGGACUCCCCUGGUGAAGAGAGCCGACAGUUCACAUACCGACCUGACACGGGCAGUUCACCAACUGUGGCAGAUCCAUUUACCGAGACAUCGCGCCCACAAGCCCAAGUUCGGCGUGAGCCAGACACUCAAUUCUACACAACCCCGCCGCGCCCAACACAACUCCAAACCAGCGCUGCCGCUGCCGCUGCCGCACGUGCUGCAACAAGCGGUGGUCCGUCUCCUGGCAGAGCACCCACCGACCCUCGUUACUACCCGGCUGCCACCACCAAUGCUCCAAUGUCUGGUGCUGUGCCAACUCCAGUCCGCUCCGGAACUGGAGGCACAGACCGCUCUUACAUCCCAUCUACUGCCUCGGCCGCCUCGGAGGAGGAAUAUCACAUCAAUCCAGAUGGCAGCUAUACACGUGACGCCCAAGGCCGAAGAAUUCCUUAUCGCCAACCGAUUGCCCCGGAGGCUGCUGAGCAGAUGAGUGAUGAUGACGUUGGAGAGCAGGAGGACAUCUCUGAAGACGGUGACGAUCAUGCUGCCGAUGCCGAGAGGGAACGGAUGUACGCCGCACAGUAUCGACAGCCUCAAUCUCAGCAAUCAAUUCCCACUACCUCCGCCACAGCUUCCAGUAUUCCGCGGACGACAUCCGGCGCCCUUCCAUCCAUUCCACAAGGCCGAAUUAUCGAUCCGUCAUCCCCUGGUUACGAGGGGCAAGGAUAUGAACCACCACCGGUAGUGACUCAAGCAACGGCAGGCUGGGAAACCCUUCAGACACGUCACCGCCAUCCAACAAGAUUGAGCGAUAUCAUCGAAGAGCAAACCGCUCGUACCAGUCCCAGUCGUACGAGCUACGUUAGUGGCACAGGCGUAUUACCCGGUGAAGGACCAAGCGGGACAGGCAGUGGUUCCGGCAACACAUCUGGAAGGAGAUAA